AUGGCGCGUAUAGUAGUGGCUGGUGGAGCGUUGCUCUACAUCCUUAGUAUAGUGCACGAGGCGAGCGCUCUCAUUCUCCUGCCACAUGACGUUCGCCCUGGCCAUGCCGUACGCCAUUUCGCAGGAAAUCACUCUCGAUAUACCCUUGUCGACCCUGAGUUCACAUCAUAUUUCACACUUCUGGAUGACGGCUUACUUAUGACCACAGCUGAUCUAACACCGCUUAUGAAUCAACCAUUAUACCUAGCUAUUUUGGAAAGAACUCCAUACAGUAGUUCAGCGCAUUCUAUUCAUCUUUUAGUCAUGGAUCGCAGAAAAAUGCUUAACUUCAUGAGUAUAAAUGGAAUGCAUGGAGAGAUUUCUGAAAAUGCACCGGAAGGAACAGUGGUAGAUCUACCGCCUAUACGAGCCACUGCUUUGGUCAAUAUUGGUCCCAUUGCAUAUAAGAUAAUUAAAGGAAACGAAGAUUCGAUUUUUGCUCUUCGCGAAAAGGGAAAAGAUUUCAAUUAUGACCUUAAGUCUGUCGUCACAGAUGGUGAAGUUGAAAUAGUGGCGUUGAAACCAACAGAUGCUGAAAUUAAAAAUGUGUAUAAUUUUAUAAUUCAAGCAACGGAUUUACAAGGAGCCAGUAAGGCUAGCUUACCAUUAACGAUUAGGGUGCUAAAUGAAAAUGACCAUGAACCUGUUUUUGAGCAAGAUAUGUAUUACUUCACUGUUAACGGAACCGUAGAUAAAGACGUCAACAACGGCACUGCACAUUGGCAACGCUUUUCAAAUAUUGGUGUAGUGCAUGCAUCUGAUGCUGAUGGUGACCGUGUCUACUAUUCUAUAAAGACUCCGACAAAUCUUGCUGUGAUAGUACCUCAAACGGGAGAACUAAUACUUGCCGGAGAGCCAGACGGUUACAACGCGGAGUUAUUAGUACUUGCUCAUGACUCUGGAACUCCAUUAAAGAAGAGUAAACCUGCUCAAGUCUUUCUGGAGUUUGUAAUUCGGGAACGAAAUGACUUGCCUACACUACAUCGAGAGAAAAGACGUGUCACUCGAGCUGUGCGUCCUACGAAACGAAUUGAAUUCACCGAAGCCGAUGGUGAAGUGGAAGGGCGUGCAGUCUUUACAUUAGAGAAGGAAACAGAUCGCGAAACAUUUAAAAUCCGAGAUGAAAAUCCGUGGGUAACAGUUGAACCAAGUGGUGUUGUGAAAGUUAAAAAGAAGUGGGACUUUGAAGAACUUGGACCUGAAAAAACCAUAGACUUUUGGGUCACUAUCACCAACGCAGGAAAUGGAGGUAAGAAUAUAUUGCAUAAUUUUAAAUGA